CACAGGCUCACAGCCGAACCUGGACCGCAUAUAUAUAGUCGGUCGUACGCCUUCAAUCUUUUGCUCCUUGCUCUUUAAAGAAAGUCAUCUUCUAUUACAAAUCACCUUCAUUAGUCUCUAUAUUAGUUCUCUCUUCUUCUUAAAAUCUCUGCCUCCAUCAGAACAGAACAGAGGAACGAAGAAAAGCUGAAGUAAAACAAAGAGAGACUCUCUUUCCUUUUUUGUAUGAGACAGAGAAGCUUCUCAUGGAUUUGUUUGCUUUAGAUGGUUCUUUCUCAAAGUGGAAAGAUGUUGCUGGAAUCGCAGGCAACAUAUUUGCAUUUGGUCUUUUCGUUUCACCGAUGCCAACGUUUAGGAGAAUCAUGAGGAACAAAUCAACCGAGCAAUUCUCUGGUUUACCAUACAUUUACGCUCUCUUGAACUGCUUGAUCUGCCUUUGGUACGGCUCACCUUACGUAUCCCAAAGAAACUUCAUGCUUGUGACUGUUAAUGGCGUUGGAGCCACUUUUCAGCUUUGUUACAUUAUCCUCUUCAUCUUGCAUACAGACAAGAAGACCAAGAUGAGGAUGCUUCUUCUGCUUCUUGUGGUGUUUGCUGUGGUUGCGUUGAUUGUAGCUGGAAGUUUGCAGAUACCUGAGAAGGUCACACGAUGGUACCUUGUCGGGUUCUUGAGCUGCGGUUCUCUUGUCUCCAUGUUUGCUUCUCCCUUGUUUGUUAUUAACUUAGUGAUUAAGACAAAGAGCGUUGAGUUUAUGCCGUUUUAUCUCUCUCUAUCUACUUUCUUGAUGAGUGCUUCCUUCUUCAUGUUCGGACUAUUCAACAGUGACGCCUUUGUUUAUACACCAAAUGGAAUAGGAACGGUUCUUGGUAUUGUGCAGCUAUCUUUGUACUGUUACUACCACAGAAACUCUAUAGAGGAAGAAACAAAAGAGCCUUUGAUUGUUACUUAUGUGUGAGUUUCGGCAAAGAAGCUAGUUUUGAUGUCUCGAUCGCUGAAGAUUAUGUGAGACCACAUGAAAGAUUCACUGAUGUGGAUUUUGUUUUUUGUGUGUGUGAUGGAGAUCUCUGGUGGGUUGAUUUUGAAGAACAUUUGUCCAUAUAUUGUUUUUUCUAAAAGAAGAUUAUUCUAUUUGUUUGUUCAUAAAGAUUUUGCUUUCUUUGUUAUAGAACGUUUGCAACAGCUUGUAGCAAUUGAAUUGGUUCAUAGAUAUUGUUUUUAAAUU